UAUGUUGUGGUUUGGAUUGAUCGACGUAUUAUACAUAUCUAUGACACAUUUAUCUAUGGCUUGACUCGACAGUUUGACAGUUUUGUAAGCAAAAUUUGCAAACUUCAUUAAUCUAUGGUUUGCAAAGUCAAUAGGUGGACAGCAUCAGAUAUAAAGAACCAAGUGACAUGAAUCAGAACGACAAGGAGGGGAUCAGAAUCGGCAAAUGAUAUCAUUUUAACUGAGAUAAAAGAAGGCGAAAGAAUUUUGCGUAACUAAAAAUUAUAGGCUAAGCAUUGUUUCUACAAUAUUCUUCUGAGAAGUUGAUAAUAGUUGAGUUUUGAUCAGAUUGAAAAUCUGGAUUCUUACCAAACUAUCUAAAACAUUUGUUGAUGUUAGUACCAAGAUUAAGAACUGAUAAAAGUAGGCCAACAAAUUUUAACUAUGAAAAUUGUAUGAAAUAUUUCUCAUUAGGAAAUCAUAAGUUUAAUUGUUAUAGUUGUAUCAUCACACAAAAUGUCGCUUAAUAAUACUGAAGUAUUCCCAUAUUCAGAAGAAAAAUUGGUGAAAGCUGAAAUGCGAAUUUUAUCAACCUUAAAAACUCCUCAUAAAACAUUUUAUGUGCCAAUAAAACUGCCCACUGGUUCAAAUGAAAAGAUUUGGACAAUAGCUUUCAAUACCAAAUCUAAAAAUACUCCAAUCUUGUUAGUUCAUGGAUUUGCAGCUGGAAGCUGUUUUUGGUUGCUCAAUUUUGAUGCUUUAGCUAAGAAUAGACCUGUUUAUGCAUUAGAUCUGAUUGGUUUUGGAAGAUCAUCAAGACCAGAGUUUGAAGACAAUGGCAUUGAAGCUGAAAAACAAAUUGUUGAUUCCAUUGAGGAAUGGAGGAAAGAAAUGGAUUUGGAAAAAUUCAUUCUAGUAGGGCAUAGUAUGGGUGGAUACAUUUGCACAGCAUACACUAUAGAUUAUCCUGACAGAGUAGAACACCUAGUUUUAUGUGAUCCAUGGGGUUUCAGUGAUAGAAAAGCUUACCCCAACAUACAAAUUAAGGCUCUCUGUUAUUUAUAUUCCAAAAUAAGCCCUUUGGACUUCCUAAGAACUUUAGGACCUUUAGGACCAUGGUGGAUAAAAACCACUUGUGAUGAUAUAGUUGACAAUUAUAAGAAUGUUUUAGAGGAUAGAUCUAUUAUGGCAAAGUACAUCUAUCAUUGUAAUGCACAAAAUCCAACGGGUGAACAAGCUUUCACCACUAUGGUGAAAAAAAUAGGUAGAGCAAGAAAUCCUAUGAUUCGAAGAGUAAAUAAUUUAAGAGAAGAUUUACCAGUUACAAUUUUGUAUGGCAAAAAUACCUGGAUGGACAAAGAAAUGGGAAAACGAAUAAAAGAUAUGAGACCCAAUUCUAUUGAUGUCAGAUAUAUUGAUAAUGCUGGACAUCACAUUUAUUCUGAGAGAGCCGAACUAUUCAAUGAGAUUGUGAUAACCGUUAGUGAUUCUGUUGACCAAAAGAAGGAGAAGGAAAAUGUACUUCAUACCAUUAAUGAUGAAGGAAAAAAAUUGAAUAAUAUGAAUAACACAAGUGAUAAAUUGAAUUAAGAAUUUAUUUUUAUUGAUAUUACUAAGCUCUGGUAGCUGUAAAGUCACUGUUUUGAAAUGAUUUAUUUUAUUUUUCCGCAAAUAAAAUUACGUUUUAUUAG